ACUCUGGAGCCUCCCAGUCCCACUAGUGACAAAUCAGAAAUCCGGCCAGAGCAGUGAGUCUGGGCCUUCUGUCCUCUGUCAGUCUGUCCACGUCUCAGUGAAGACCUCAGCGCAGUCAGAUCCAGAAUGAGGCUGCUGCUUGUUACUGUGUUACUAACGGUGGCGCUCGCUUAUUAUGUUUACAUCCCGCUGCCUGAUGCCAUCCAGGAGCCCUGGAGGUUGAUGCUGCUGGAUGCUGGAUUCCGGGCAACGAUGCACCUGGCCUCUUUGAAGUCUUGGCUGGGUUUUGAUCAUUAUAUCAGGUCCCUCAGGCAGUCGAUGGAGGGCUUCGAUGACAUGGCGCUCACUUCUGAGUCAAGCGGAGGGGUCAUGCCCGGAGUGAAAGUCAGCGACAUCACUUUCGCCGGCAUCCCGGUCCGUGUUUACGAGCCCCCUGCUGGAGGCGAAGGCCAUCUGAGGAGAGGGUUGAUGUAUUUCCACGGAGGAGGCUGGGCCCUCGGCAGUGGCAAGAAGGGAUCGUAUGAUACAAUCAACCGGAUGUUGUCCGACGAGCUCAACACCGUUGUGGUCUCUGUUGAGUAUCGUCUAUAUCCAGAGGUGCACUUCCCUGUGCCGUAUCUAGACUGCCUCGCUGCUGCCAAGCACUUCUUGUCCCCAGAUGUUCUAGCCAGGUAUGCCAUCGACCCAGAGCGUGUGGCUGUGUCAGGUGACAGUGCUGGAGGAAACCUGGCUGCCGCGGUCGCUCAGGAGGUUUCAAAAGAUGACACUAUAAGUGUGAAAUUCAGCGUUCAGGCGUUGAUCUACCCCGUGCUCCAGGCUCUGGACUUCAAUACGCCCUCCUACUUGCAGAACCAACAUAUACCCAUCCUCUACCGCAAACACAUGGUUCGCUUCUGGCUGCAGUAUCUCGGUGCUGACCUCUCCCUGCAGUCCCAGUGGAUGGUGAACAACCACAGCUCCUUACACCACUCAAGCAUCACCCCAGAGCUGAGGGCACGGGUAGACUGGACAGUCCUCCUGCCCCCGAAAUACAAGAAGAGCUACAAGCCUCUGAUUGUGGAAAAGGAUUCGCAGGGGUCAGCAAAGGAGGUGUCGGGGCUGCUGGACGUAAGGGCAGCACCGCUGUUAACAACACCAGAGGUUUUGGCUAAAUGCCCUCGGGCGUACAUCCUAACAUGCGAGCACGAUGUGUUGAGGGAUGACGGCCUGAUGUACGCGCGCCGCUUACAGGACGCAGGUGUCACAGUCUUCAGUGACCACUAUGAGGAUGGCUUCCACGGAUGUUUCAGCUUCAUAGCCUGGCCAUUAGAAUUUGAUGUAGGGAAGAGGGCACUUAGGGGUUACCUCAACUGGCUCAAGAACAACUUGUAAGUGUGUGUGUGUGUGUGUGUGUGUGUGUGUGUGUGUGUGUGUGUGUGUGUGUGUGUGAGUGUAAGUGUCUAUAUGGGUGCAUGCAUGUGUGUGUUCUACUAAUACAAAUGCACUAGUCCUUGCUUUAUGAAUCACAGACUUUCCAAGUGCUUGUACAUCUGUUCUUUGUAUCAUAUAAAAUCUAAGCUCAGGGCCCUACCUGUACAUACACACACACCACCUUGGUACAUACGAAGAUUCUUUAAGGUCUGCAGUGGAGAAGGGAAAAUAUGUUCAAAUGACCCUGGUUGACACUGUUACCAGCUAACAAUAAAUACACAGCCACAAGCUUUCCACUUAUGGAUAAAUUAAUCAGCUGCUUCCACUGUGAGGAACCACAUCAGUACACUUAUUUUUUAUCCACACCACAAACACAUGAGCAGUGUAUUUCACAAAGAUUGUAAUUGGUUUUAUACUUUUUAAGGCCUAUUACAAGUUAGAAACUCCUGAUCACAGGUUCAUGUUAGCAGUGGCAGUGUUUUUGGUUGAUCUUUGUUUGAUUAUGUGGCUAAGCAAGUUACAUUUUGUCAUAUGUCAAUGUUUGUUGUUCCAUCACUGCAAUAUGUUGAUAACUAUUGAAUUGGUUGCCAUGAAAUUUGGUACAGACGGUCAUGACAACCAGAGAAUGAACCCUGAUGACUUUUUGUGAUCCCCUGAUUUUUCCCCUAUCUCAUCAACAGCCGGAUGAAUAGUCAUGAAAUUUGCCACACACAUAUUCGUGGCCCUAAUGUUUUUUUUAAGUAACUUUUCCCUUAACUUUUCAUCCAGUGCCAUAAUCAGAUCAAACUAUGAAUUAAUUUCAUGACCAAAUACCUGCAAAACUAAUGAAAUUCCCAUCAGCCUCAGCCAUACUUUGGGUUUAGCUCUAAUUAACUAAUGUUAGCAUGCUAACACACUAAACUAAGAGGGUGAACAUGCUAAACAUUAUCUGCUUCGCAUUAGCAUUUCAGUACUGUCAUUGUGAGCAUGCACCUCAAAGCACCUGGCUGUGGUCUCUUGUAGUGACGUCAAACAUGGGACAGACGACAUUUGUAAAUGAUAUUGUAUCUUUUAAAUAAAUACGCUGCACAAAAAAAAUCAAGGCAUAACGCUUUCUCAAGGUCCUCUUUUUCUAACGGGGAACUGAGUACUUUUCUUGUGGACAGUAUUGAACUUUUACAUGUACUUUCAGGACAUUCUGUGUAUCUGAACCAUAGUUAACUGUGAAUUAAAUGUUUUGUGAUUUAAAUGCCUGGCUAGGGAUACUUUUGCGACAUGAAUGAGUCACUGACGUCGCAAUUUGCAUUCACUUGUCAGUAGCUGCAGCAAACUGAGAAUCUGCAAGGGCUUCAAAUAUUGUAAUUUUACCUCUUAAUUGAACUUUCCCAUCUUUUAAGCAUUCCACGUGGGAUGCAAUUUUCCACUGUGUCUCUGCUCUGCCCACUGUUGUGAUUUAUGAGGGAACUGAUGAAGGGUGUCAAUAAAAAAACAAAAAACAUGAAGAACAAA